AUGUCGAUAAUGGAUCCCGAAUCGGCGCAGCAGUCCGAGUCGCAGCUCUCGGCGCCACCCCCUCUCAGCGACCUGGACAGCAGCUCCGACAGCGACAGCGAAGCCGAGGAUUCAUCAAAGCCAGCGUCGAAGCGAGAGCCUGAGUCGGUAGAAUGGCUCGCCACGUCGAGGUCGCGGCGGUCCACGGCGGGCAAUCGCAUGAAGUCGAUGCUGGCCAACGAAGAGCCCGAUUCCGACCUCGAGCUGCUGUUUGCCGAAGACGAGGACGACCAGGGCUUCACGGAUGCCGGCGACGAUGCGUCCGAUGUGCAGAUGGACUCGUCGUCCGACGAUGAGGGCGAGAAUAAUGCGGGCGAUGAGCUUGAGGGCGAGCAGGAGCUGGAGCGGCAGGCGAGAGAAAGGCGCGCUGCUCAGCGGAAGCGAAAAGCCCAGGAGGCCAUCCCGGCCAAGUUCAGGAAGAAAGUCCGCAUCCAGCCGGCAGCCUCCGAGUCGUCGACGCCGGCUCCUGCGCCUCGUCCUAAGAAGAAAUCCGAGCGCACGUCGUGGCUGCCGUCGCCGGCCGAUCUGCCCACCCGAGCAUCAUCCCGAAAGACGACGCGCAUGUCGAAAGAGCAGCUUCACCAGCAGAUGAUUGAGCGGGAGGAGCGGCGGCUGAAGCAGCUAGAGCAGAUGCAGAAGAAGGCGGCGCGGAUGGAGGCGCUGAAGAAACCGCCCAUGACGCAGGAAGAUCGGUUGCGAGAGGCGGCGAUUGUGGAGAAGCGUAAUAGCAAGAGCUUGAAUCGAUGGGAGGUGGCGGAGAAGCAGAGGGAAGAGGAGCGGCGGGCGAAGCUAGCGGCGUUGAAUCAGAGGACGCUGAAGGGGCCGGUGAUUACCUUUUGGACGGGGCUGGGCGAGGCGAGGCGGGUUGUGAUUGAGGAGGAGAAGCCGAAGAGGAAGAGGGUGGACAAGAAGGACAAGGAUAAGGACAAGGACAAGGGCAAGGGAGCUGAGGCUACGAAGGAUGGUGGUGAUGCUGUCAGUGCGACGGCGGGCAAGGAUGUGAAGGAGAAUAUCGUUCCUCAAGAAGGCCAACAGCAGACGGAUACAUCGACCAAAGUGGCAGCCGACGAUGACAAUGCUGCCACUGAGACGAAAUCGAAAGAGAAGACAGCGUCGACACCGACACCAGCACCAGCACCAGCACCAGCAGCGGGCGAGACCAAGACUGCAGAUGCAGCACCUCCUCUCAAACAAGAGGAUGACGAGAAGACAGGGCCCUCAAAGUCAACUCCGGACGCGCCAUCAUCAUCACAACCUCCUGAUGCUACCGUUUCUCCCACUGCUGCUGCUCCAGCUACUGCUGCUGCCUCUUCUAGCACUGGCCCCCUUUCUCCUACUGCUUCUUCGACCGCAAAGCCACCUGGAGAUGUUCAAACAGCCCAGCCAGUAAUAGCUGCGCCUUUACUAUCUCCGCCGCUAUUAUCUCCUCCGCCUCUAUCUAGCGGUCUAGCAGCGCCUGCAUCUGCCUCGCCGUUAUCCGCACCACCUCGCCAGACGUCUCCGUUGGCAGCUCCCACGGGUGUUGGCAGUCCACGACCCAUAGAGGCAGGCAAACCAUCCGGCGUGCUCGCACUUCCAGUUCUUGCGCCUCCGCCCGCCAUGAACAUGGACUACCUCCCGAGCCCAGCACCAAAAUCCAAUAUCCUCGCCCUUCCAAAUGCAUCCUUAACGCAGACUGCACUGGCACCUCCCACACAGAUCCAGCCUCCUGGUUCCACGGCUGUUGCUGCACACGUCUCUACCGAGCCAAUCUUCACAAAUACCGUUCUACGACCUAUAAUUCCUGAACCUGAGCCAAUCAACAAAACGGCAAGCCCUAGUCUUUCAGAGCCGCCUUCUCAGCUUGCCCCUGGCCCGGCUGAGGCCCCUGAGACUACCACUCGUAACGUCAUCAUCUUUCAGAACUUCGAUGAGAAUGCCAUUCAAGAUAAGAGCAUACAGACUCAAAUUCUGUUUGGCCGCAAGAUGAACAAACUCUCCAAACCCGCCCCUGCUCCAAUCUGCGUCAUCACAGGCCUCCCAGCCCGUUACAAAGACCCAGAAACUGGUCUCCCUUACCACAACGUCGCUGCUUACCGAGAACUUCAGCGUCUUGGCCGCAAAGAGCUCAGCUGGAGCGCCCUCCUCAACGCCUGGGUAGGCAGCUCGAAGAUGGCAGCUCGUGGCGUGCCGGCACGUUUCCUCGAUCCGAAUGCUCCCACCAAAACACCCGAGGAGAGAGAAAAGGAGAGACUGGCUCAGAUAAGAGCGGUCCCGCCGCAGCCUCAGCCUCCACCGGUGCAGCAACACCAUCAGGCACCGCCGGCGGCCGUGGUGGCAGCAGCUCAUAAAGCCCCUCCGACGCAACAUCACGUACAGCAACAGAGACCAGCAGCGGCAACGCAGCAAUUGCGAGCACCCCAGCCGUUUCAGGCACCGCAACAACCGUAUGGGCAGCAUCAGCAACUGGCAAGGCCUCAACAGCCGCAACCUUCUCCUCCACAACUACAGCCACCCCAACAGCUUCCAAACAGGCCGUCUCCAAAUCCUCCACCUCCGCAAAAACAGCAACAGCCGGUAUCAAACACCACUCCUACUGUGCCUCCAGCACAAGCUGCUCCAUCACAAACUACUCCACCACAGGCCCCUCCUCCACAAUCAUCUCCUCUCCCAGCUACACAACCAGCUGCGCAACAACAAGACCAACAACCCACCCCUACACCGCCACCUCCAGCUCCCUCUCAAGCUACCCAAAGCCCCGUCCAGAAAACAACAACUCAUCAACCGCCAGCAGCUCCUCCUCCUGAACCGCAGUUUCAGGCCGGAGGAGAGGCUACCACAGGUGGAUCGCAAGUAGCGCCUGUGGAGAAGGAGCCACUGCCGACCACAACGGCGGCGCCAGAAUAA